UGCGGGACGUCAAUUGGGCAGGCUAAUAGGAAUUUAAGUGUAAAACGUUUUCGGCUAAACGCACACGUUUGGCAAUGCGCACGGGUAUCGAUAACUUGGGGAUGGUUGGCAACACCGAACAGCCGGCCGUCAAAUUGCUUUUUACGUUUUUAGUGUUACGGCAAUAAAAAUAAAGUCCGGACCGGACGAUAAGCAGAUCUGGUGAAAUCCACAUACGGAGCACUACAACUUUCGUGCCGCCCUUUAUUGCACCAUCACUGGGCCUAUAUUAUCUCAAGUGUGCGAUUAGAUUUCCCCGAAGGAGACACUUGGAUCGGAUCGCAGAGUCGCCGCGACAUGAACUCCAUCCUGAUCACCGGCUGCAAUCGGGGACUCGGUCUGGGCCUGGUUAAAACCCUAGUCAAUCUCCCCCAGCCGCCGCAGCAUCUCUUCACUACUUGUCGGAACCGCGAACAGGCGAAGGAGUUAGAGGAUCUGGCCAAGAAGCACUCCAACAUUCAUAUUCUGGAGAUUGAUCUGAGAAACUUUGAUGCGUACGACAAGCUAGUCGCCGACAUCGAGGGCGUGACCAAGGAGCAGGGACUCAACGUGCUCUUUAACAAUGCCGGGAUUGCGCCUAAGUCGGCAAGGAUAACUGCCGUCCGAUCGCAGGAGCUGCUGGAUACUCUGCAGACCAAUACUGUGGUGCCCAUUAUGCUGGCCAAGGCGUGUCUGCCGCUCCUGAAGAAGGCGGCGAAGGCGAACGAGUCGCAACCGAUGGGCGUUGCCCGGGCGGCCAUCAUCAACAUGUCCUCGAUCCUCGGCUCCAUACAGGGCAACACGGAUGGCGGGAUGUACGCGUAUCGCACCUCCAAGUCGGCUCUGAACGCAGCCACCAAGUCGCUGAGCAUCGACCUGUAUCCGCAGCACAUAAUGUGCGUUAGUCUGCAUCCUGGUUGGGUGAAGACGGACAUGGGCGGCAGCAGUGCCCCCCCUGGAUGUGCCCACUAGCACUGGACAGAUUGUGGAGACAAUCAGCAAGUUGGGCGAAAAGCACAACGGGGGUUUCAUCAACUACGAUGGCUCUCCACUGGCCUGGUAAACAACCACGGUACUCAGUCUAGCUGCAUUUUGUUAAUGAUUGUUAAUUGUUGUUGAAUAAACUAGACCCUUGCGCCAAGAGUGCCUCACAAAA